CCUUUACUUGAGGAGCAACAAUCAAAGUCGCCAACUCUAUAAUCUUUUUAUAUGAGUUAGUAGCAUGUAAACUGAUUCACCUAACAGGUAUUCAAAGAAAUGAAGAAACAUCAUAAGACAAAGCAAGCUAGGUGAUAGCUUUUCAUCUCUGUGUUGCUUUAUUUAGUCUGUGAUUGAUUUGUUGACUUCCUCCCCAGAGAAAUGGGGAAAAAAAGAGCAGGAGAAAUUAAUAUUUUGUUCUCCCCAUUUUUACCGUAAAGGCAAGCAUGGCCUUCUAGAUUUUAUUCAGAGUGAGUGUCAAAUGACCUGUGUAACUCCAGUUGAAAAGGGGGAGCAAGUAAUACAACUAGUUUUUGCCUCUUUUGCUGUUAUGCAAAUUGCACAUUGGCUUUGAAUCUACAAACUUUAAAAUAUGCCUACCGGCUGUUAGGAAUUGUGGAAAUACCUGGAGGGCCUAAGUUUGCCCAUACCUGAUCUAUACUGUAGUAUUAGUUCAAUUUGACUUUAGCUCUCAUUGUUCAAUGCAAUAGAAUCCUGGGAGUUGUAGUUUGUUGGUGAGGCACUAGCACUCUUUAGCAGAGAAGGCUAAAGAUCUUGUAACAUUACAACUUCCAUAAUUCCACAGCAUUGAGUCAUGGCAGUUAAAAUGGUGUCAAACUGCAUCAAUUCUAUAGUUGUGUUCUACUGCCACACAAUGAAGAAGUUGUUCCAAUUGCUUAGGUGGGAUCUCUUUUUGUAAUUUGAAUCCAUUGGUUCUUAUUCUAGUCCAGAGCUUUCCAACCAUUUCAUUUGGUGACACACUUUUUAGACAUUUAUCAUUCUCUGACACAGUUAUUCAGUUUUACUAGCAUAAAACUGAGAUGGAAGAGAUGACAUGGGCCAUCUAGUCCGACCCCUGCCAUGCAGGGAAAGCACAAAGUAGCCAUAACCCUAUAUAUAUAUGUGAUUUAUUUCUUAUUUCACAUAGACUCAGAGGUUUUUCAUUACAUUCACGCAACACACAUACUGAAGUUGACACACUAAUGUGUUGCUAUACACAGUUUGGAAAGUUCUGCUCUAAUCUGUAGAGCAGCAAAGUUUGCUUCAAUUUCUACAUAACAUUCCUUUAGGUAUUUAGAUAUGACUAUCAUGUCAACUUUCAGUCUUUUCCACGCUAAACUUAUAACCUCAUCACAUUGAGAUGGGAAAGCAUGGGUGGCCAUCCUUUUAGCAUAGAGAAUCGGCCCUCUUAUAUUGUCAACAGUCCCAUUUUACGUUCUGCCUCCCCAUCACACUCACACAUGGAAACCUAAGAGCUGGCAAUACAUUCAUCUUACAUUCAUCACAUGGCCAGUAUUACUUUUUUUUAAUCAGGAGAGACAACAAUAUCCAAAAGCCAAGAGAUCCCUUGCCCUGCCCAAAGCCCUUUACAUUAAAGGAGACUGACACCAAUUUAAAAUCACUUAUUUCCAUAGGAUAAAAUUGUUCUGCCCCAAACCCCAUAUGAUACAAGAGACAGUGCUCCAGGUUAAAACUAUUGCUUUCCAUGAGAUAAUACUGUUCUGCAUCAAACCCCAUAUCAUACAAGAGAAAGUACUCCAGAUUAAAACCAUUUUCCCAGUGGAAUAAUAUUGUUCUGCACCAAACCCUAUAUGAUACAAGAGACUGCUGAUGGUUGGAUAAUGAAACAGAAUGGGAAACUUUGAUGGUUCUCAUCCCAUCUGUUUUUCAGUUGGAAGCAUUCGAGUGAAGUGCAAUAAGAGGUAGGAGCUCUGAACACAAUUCCUGGCCUGUCUUCAGAGUUCCCUCCCUUCAGGACAUUUCUGCCUCUUUUCAACCCCGGAACAUGCGAUAAGCUCUGUGCCUCUCCAUGCUUGAAAAGAGGCUGAAGUGUCCUACAAGGGGGAAAUUUCUCAAUGUGAUGAGGUCAAUUGCUGGAGUUCCCUCCUUUCAGGACACUUCUGCCUCUUUUCAACAAAGGAGGGCCAAAUGUAGUUUAAAUCACGUGAUGAGCUCAAUGCCUCUUCAUGCUUGAAAGAGGCUGAAGUGUCUUCUGAUGUUUGGGAAAUUUCUCAAUGUGAAUAGACUGAUAUAUUCAGCUCUUCUUUAAGCCAUUCUUCAUAUGGCUUGGUUUCCAGACCUUUUCCAGCUUGGUCCUUGUCCUUUGAACACAUUUCAACUUGUAAUUGUCCUUCUUGAACUGUGGUGCACAGAACUGGAUGCGGCAUUCCAGGUGAGCUCUGACCAAACUGUCAUUUCCCUUGAUCUGGAGACUAUACUCCUAUUGAUUGUAACAGAGUAAGCAGCAAGCUUGGGAAACCAAACUCCCAGAAUCCACAAAAUUAUGUUGGCUGGGGGAUUCUAGGAAUUGGGAUCCAGGUUUUUUGUGCUCUGGACGAGUAUGUUAAAAUUGUUAAUGAUCAGUAAAGGUUAAUAAAAUAUAUUACCAUAUCAUAGCCUCACAGAGCGAGCUUUGGUAUGACAGCAGUGGCAGUAUGAGAGAAGUGGGAUAAUUUCAUACUGCACUUCCAUUGUUUAGAAGUCUUUGAAACAUCUUUUGAUUCAGAAAUUGUAAAAACAGACACUAAAUUGGUAGAAAGAGUUUAGCCCCAUAUAAGGAUAAGAGUGGAUUGACAGAACUUAUCCAAUACAUUUUGCCACCCAAAGCAAAGUAACAAGUGAUAACUCAUUGUAUCAUUUAAAUCAAGGUGAAUAGUACCAAAGGUAGGCAAUUUAUUUUGACUGUUGAUGCGCAAACCCUCACAAGUACCUCUUCUCGUGUCAGUGAAAUGCAAUUUGUAACAAUACACAAUGUUAUAAUUGUGUAGUAUUAAAGGAUCUCAAGGUAGGAGGCUGCUAAUAGAAUUAAAAUAGUUCUAGAAAACAAAGCAAACAUAGUUUGACUCUCAUCCUACUGUAUUGGGCAAAAUGUUAAUUGCCCCAUCUCUAUAAAGAACAGGCUGAAAAACAAAAUGUCUUUGGAGAAAUGAAAGCAGCCAUGGGGGAUAGUAAGGGAAAAUCCUAAGAUGUGUAUAUGUGUAGAGUAGUUCCUAGCAAAAGUCAAACUUAGGUCAGGAUAACCAUGUGAUAAAUUUUAACAAGGACUGGGUCCUCAUAGAUUGGGAGGGAAUUGCUUCAAAUCCUCAAACUGCGUAGUGGCUGUCCCGAGUUCUCAGUGGUCAUGGUAAUUCCUCAGCUAUAACUAGGUGUUUCCUCUUGGUUCUUAAUCCAUUGAUAACAGCUUGUAGAAGUGUGCCAAGAACUGACCUGCUCUCUACUGCAUUCGACUCCUUGAUCUGAUUUGCACUUUUCUAUGACACAGCUGCCAUAAGCAUACAGGACAAACUUGAAGAGCCAAUCCAAGAUCCACAUUUGGAGCGGGGUGGGAAACCUCAACACAAUAUCCUAUGUAGAUUAGCUCGGCCACUCAAUGACAUCAUGACAGCGGUGGGAGCAACUUCCCAUUCACUGAACAACGUGAUUUCUUGUAGGAUCUGCUAAAAGAUCUUUGGGGGAGGGGUGGGUAUGGGUAUAGAAUGAGGUGCUUUUCAUUCAGUAGGGAUAGUGCUAGGACAUCAUUUUACCAUAACAUCGUGAAUAUAUUAGUGGCCAUAAAUAACAAUAAUGUAAUAAUGUAAAAAUGAAAGACUAAGGAACACAAACGUGUAAGACAAAAAUCAUUUUUUGUUUUUUUUAUCAGAAAAAAAUUCCUUUCCUUGAUGAAAACUUCAGUGAGAGGAAGUAUGAGAGUAUAGUUUGACAAAAACAAUUUACUGUUGAAACUGCUAAUGUUCUACUAUGGUUCAGGAUAUAGUUUAUAUCUUCAGUAAAAUAUACCACCUGAAGCUGACUGAAAUGAGGAAACGUUCCGGAGAAAACAAACAAUUGAAUUGAUAUGGAAAAAUUCGAGGAUGGGUUUGGUGGUUUUACAACAAUAUCUAAACUACCAUUAGCUGGCUAAGCUAAAUGUCUAGCUUUUGAAGACCAUGGUCUCUUUAUCAGACAAAAAUAGUUUAAAAAAUCAGCUAAGGGAAAGAUUACGAUGAAUGAUACAGAACAAAGCUGUUGUAGAAAUGCUGAGGAAAAAAUGAACAGAUUUAUUCAGGGAAGCAGGUAUACAUAUAACAAAAGUGGAAUGCUAAAAGAAUAUUUUGUCACAGUGGUUUACAUAAAACAUAAAACAGUUCCCCACCUAAACAAUGUGGGAUUUCUUGUUUGAAGUAAAAUUCCAAUGGUAACAUGAGUUCCUCAAUUUCAUCUUCAGUUCACUUCUUCCUCAGGGUAUAUGGAAACUCAGAUCUCAUCUACCCUGGCAUUAUAAUCUGGACUCAUCCUGAGUUCACGGCUGGCUGUCCCUAUGAUAUUUCUCCACUUCCAGUAAUCAUUGUCAGGGAAACUGGGUUAAUCUGAUUUAGUUCCUCAUCAGGAAAAUUCAGGGGGUGCUCCAGAGUUUCUCUGAAACUCAAGAGUAGCCAGCAGCUUUGGAGCAGUAGGGAGCAAGAUGGGGUUUGAUUCUAAACAAUCUACUGUCCACAUAGGGAAUCGCCCCCAUCCUUUUCCCUCUGCACUCACUAACGCAGGGAGAAGAGUACAGGUUGUGCUUAUGUCAUAGAACAUGGAAUCAUAGAGUUGGAAGAAAUCACAAGAGUCAUCAAAUCCAACUGCCCACCAUCACCACUCCCAGGCAACUGCAGAGCUUCUAAGAGCUCUUGGCUUUUGUGGGCACCAUGUGUUGACAUUAAUAAAGGUGCCAAUGUAACCAGGAUGAAGGUGGGGAGGUUGGCUCCCUCCUCCUUCCUAGUCACAUAGACAUGUCUGCUUAUGCCAGCAUGGGGUGCCCACAAUGGACAGGAGCUUACAUGGAACUCUACAGCAAAAAUGAGGUGACAGACAGGGCCAAUGUGGUCUCUAUCUGGCUUGUUUGUGUAGACUCCAACCUGCUGCCACCAUGAGUUCAGGAGGGUACAUUUGUCCAAUUCUGCUCCGGCCUGGUCCCAGAUUUAUUAUCCAAUGGAGAUGUGCUGUUAGUCCUUCAAGUUACAAAUAAUUAUUUACAACUGAGCUAUGAUGCCAUAACAUUGUAAUGCAGAACCAUAUAAAAGUACUUCAGACAUUUUUUUAAAAACCUGAAAUGAAAAGCACAACCAAAUUAGGAGGUAAAACAAUUUAGCUACAGUAUCUUCUUCAUUUUACAACUUUCUUCCUUUCAUUUUUAAUGAUGUUGUAGGGCUUUCUAGAACUGGUAUACAAAGCAUUGGUAAAUUGGGGUCACUUUGGACUAAGAGAUAUGAGACAAGGGCACACGCUAAUGACUUCCCUGGUCUUAAUUUUUGCUGUGAUGUACUUCUCAUCCAUGUAACAGCCAGUCUGUCAUAAGGUCCUGCAGUAUUUGGAUGCACUUGUUGGUGCAUUUUUCUUACAUGACUUGAUUCACCAGUAUUAUCCUUCAUUAACAAAAAUUGGCUCUUUCUAAUUAAAUGUAGAACACCUUGUAUUGUGCUGCCAAACAAGUUCCUGAUCAUUGUUUGUAAUCCUCUAACCUUGUGGAUUUACUAUUUGAAUCUUUUCUUGGCUUAUUAACGUUUUGGUCAUAUCUACCUUUGGACUUGUUUAAAUGUCGUGUUUUUACAAGAUCUGUAUUUUAAGGAACAAUCUCGUAUACACUGACCUGCGAAGGCUGUGGGAAGAUUAGUCCUUCUGCUUCUCAACUGAUGACUGAUGACAAGCUUUUGGUCCCUUCCUACUCCAUGAUUCCACAAGGUGAUUUAAGAAUCAAGGAAAAGACAAAAGAAAUAUUUCCUUUCCCUCCAGUCUGUUACGCAAACAGAAUCAAAAGUGAAGUGGAUUAGAAGCUUAGUGCAGUCUUCAGGUAAAGCUUGCCAUUUUAAUCUCCUGCUGACGCCUAUUUAUCUGCAAAACUCUUUCCCAUUUUACCACGUUUCUAUUUUUGCCCUGACCUUCCCAUGCUCCUUUUGGGAUCCCAUCACAGGAUUCUUUUCUGAUUGGCUGAAGAAGGAUUUAGUGAGUACUUAAAACAUCAGGAGCAUCUUUGAACAGGCUUCUGCGAUUUUAAAACUCAGAGAGUGAGGGACAUUUUCCCAGGAAGCCUUUUGGCAGCUUCCCCCCAUAGAUGGUAUUCAGCAAGCCUUAGGAAGUUGGCCACUUCCCUUUGUGUUGUAAAGAUUCUGCCUGAUUUCAUUUAAAAGGGGGAACUUGCAGCAGACCUUGGUUGUUCUUGAGAAGCAGGCCCACCUCUUUUGUUUUAAGAUGGGGAACAUGGAUGGAAAAUCUGUGGAGGAACUAAGUGCCACAGAAUGCCACCAGUGGUACAAGAAGUUCAUGACAGAAUGUCCCUCAGGACAACUUACUUUGCAUGAAUUCAAGCAGUUUUUUGGACUGAAAAACCUGACACCUGCAUCAAAUGAAUACAUUGAGCAAAUGUUUGAGACAUUUGACUUUAAUAAGGAUGGUUAUAUUGACUUCAUGGAGUAUGUAGCUGCUCUAAGCUUGGUCCUGAAGGGAAAAGUGGAACAGAAAUUGAGGUGGUACUUCAAGCUCUAUGAUGUGGAUGGAAAUGGAUGUAUUGACAGAGAUGAAUUGCUAAACAUCAUUAAGGCAAUUCGCACCAUUAAUCCAUGCAAUGAAAUAAUGUCAGCUGAGGAAUUUACGAACAUGGUGUUUGAUAAAAUCGAUAUAAAUGGAGAUGGUGAGCUGUCUCUGGAGGAGUUCAUGGAUGGUGUGCAGAAAGAUGAGGUUCUACUUGAGAUUCUCACCCGUAGCCUGGACCUGACACACAUUGUUCGAAAGAUUCAAAAUGACGGGAAGAAUCCUGAUGAAGGAGGGACAGCAGAGGCUGCUCAAUAGACCAUUUGUUCUUGUUUUCUAAAUGUGCAUUUUGUUUUGUUUUUUAAAGAAAAGGAAAUCUAAAUAAAAUGCAAUGCAAUAAUAAUAUUAAAAUUAGGGAUACACUUUGGAGGGGUGUUUUAAAAUACCAGGUUAAAGAUAACAAACACGAUCUUUUUAACAGAAGUUUUGCCUCUUGUGAACACUAUGAAUUAUGGCUGUUUCUGACACUCUAUGAAAGUUUCAGUGUUGUCUAAGAGGUAAAUAAAAUGUUUUGUGCUUCUGCUAGAGGGAAGUAAAUGGAAAAGGGAAGGGAUGCUUGGCUGCCAAGUCUCUCCAAAAGCAGUAUUAAUGGGAGAGGUGAGUUUGAGGUAAUUCUCUGAAUGCUACCACAUUCAAAGAGGGAGGUGAGUUUAAGGGAAAUCUUUGAACGCUGCCACAAUAAUCCCUGUGCCAUCAUGGCUGCCUCUGAAUGUUGCUCAUUCUGGUGAGAGGUAUAAGUUAGCUGGUGAAGGGUAAUAUUAUAGUAGGCUGGAAUGUAAAAUAUUAACAAAACGCUCACACUCGCUCUCCCUGGUAGCCACAGAGCUCAAUUACAGCCAAUCAUCUUCAACUAUUCCUGACAGCCUGUACUUGGUUCCACAAAGUCAGAUGCCAAAGCCCCUUUUAUGUACAUUAAUUUAUAGCCUGCAGUACAGCCUUUUAAAGUAUCUAUGUUAAACAUUUAUAUGAAUAACCCGCAUAAAAGUAGUUAUGGACAGUAGUGGAACUAUCAUUGGCAAGUUGGAAGCCUGGAAAAUAUAAUUUAACCACAUGUCAUUAUUACUUUCAAAGAUUAUAAAACCAAAAUAACUUGUAUAAAUAUUGAACAGAACUGUCUUGAAUUGGGUAAUGUGAGAUUUUGUAAGCUGUGAUGUUUCAGAGAAAUGAUCAUUUACCUGUUGCAGAAAUCUGCAGAAUUCAAGAAUUUGGGAUUGAAAAUACACACAGGCAUACCUAAUUUAACAAAGGUUCUGGCAAACAAGCUCCUUAUGACAAAGCUUUUUUUUUUUGCAUCUCCACCCCCUGAUUUUCUUCUUGUUGUAUGGAGAGCUGGAAAGUUUUUUUUCUCUACAUAACAUUAACACUCGGAAAAUGUGUACAAGGUUAUCAAAUGUGCAGCAAUCAAUUGGAAAUCGUGAUCGGACCCUCUUAUGACAUUCAGAGACAUGGAAGCCAUGUGCAGAACUAAUAGUGGAUCAGCUUUAUCUAUCACUGCCAGAGUAACUUUCUGAGCAUUUGUAGGUGGAUUCUGAAAAGCGGACUUGCAUUGAGUUUUACAUGUGGCCACUUCUAUGUGACAAUAUGGUUGAAAGCCAUCAGCGCAAAAUAAAUCAAAACUGCUGUUUAAUAUGUUGAGAAAAUUAUAAAAAUUGGCUGAAAAUCAAACACUUCAUAAAAACAUCUAAGAACCAAAUCUGUAUGUAUGAGUGUUUGGGAAUAACAUAUAUUUGUGAAUGGAAAAUGUGAUUCUUCAAGCAACAAAUGUAACCAUAAAUAAUGCAACAGUAUUUUUUUAAGUCUUAGCAUUGUCAGUCUUGUCAAACAACUGCUUAAGAAUCUUGUGAACAUGGAUACAAUGUAUAAAAAUUAUGUUGUAAACAUGUGCAUUGGUAAAUAACAUAUGCCCCAAAGCCAGAGUUAGAGUAUGAUAGAAAUGAUAGCAACCCUUGCUAUUUUCUUCUUCGUGGUUAAAUGUCCAGUAUGUGCCUUUAAAUGUGUAUCAGACUAUUUGCACAAGCCUCUUGAUGUUGUGUGAAGAAUCUAUUAAGUGCAAUGGUGACAUAUUGUGGCUCAAAAAGUGUUCCUCAAAUAUCUCCUUUCUAUUACAGAGAAGCACAAUCCUUUUGAGCACUGUAUACAGUCUUUCCUUGUUAGUCUGGUGAGUUUUCUUCUAGUAUCCAAUCAUCUUGUCAGUUGCUUUGGUGUCCAACUAUAUUUUGCAGACUAAUGGAGAAUUUUGGUUCAAGUGCUUUAUGUUAUAUAUAUAGUUAUAACUGUCACCUUGAUCACAAAUUUCUAUCAAUUUUCAUAAUAGCUGGAAUCUUUUCUAACAAGUGAUUACUUUGUAGAGAAAUUGAUAACACAGAGUUUUAUCAUUAUCAGCAACUAACCCAGCUAUUACCAAAAAGAAAACAGACGGCUUUCCUAGGAAGGGAGGGAGGGAUUGAAAGAGAGGAAAGGGAAAGGACUUGUAAAACUGACAAAUUUGACUUCUAAAAUUCUGGUACAGUAGAGUCUCACUUAUCCAAAAUAAACGGGCUGGCAGAAUGUUGGAUAAGUGAAUAUGUUGGAUAAUAAGGAGGGAUUAAGGAAAAGCGUAUUAAACAUCAAGUUAGAUUAUGAUUUUACAAGUGAAGCACCAAUACAUCAUGUUAAACAACAAAUUUUACAGAAAAAGUAGUUCAAUACGCAGUAAUUCUAUGUAGUAAUUACUGUAUUUAUGAAUUUAGCACCAAAAUAUCACGAUGUAUUGAAAACAUUGACUACAAAAAUGCGUUGGAUAAUCCAGAACGUUGGAUAAGUGAAUGUUGGAUAAGUGAGACUCUACUGUAUAUUUUUUUCACCAGAGAUUAAUAAAGUGUUUUUAGGUCUAUUAUGGUGAAUUAGCAGAAGUCAAUGAGAGAAAAACAGAAGACUUUAAACUCUGAAAACAUUUCAUGGGAAAGUUCUUUUGAUACACUGAUUGUAGGUGUUCUAGAAAAUGCAGACUGUAGUUGCCUUCUCUGCCUCACUGAUGAAAUUGGAUUACAUAUUGUGUUGCUAUUCGCUGCUCGCUAUCAAUGUGGGUGUAAUAUUUUGUGGGAAUUCUACUGAUUUUUAAAAUACUUUUUAUCAAUACUUGAUGCCCACUUUAUUACUGCAUACUCCCCUCUCUGUUAGGGAUGAUGGAAUGUAGGAUUGUAUUCAUCUGAUUGGACAGCUAGCAUGAGAUGUUAGAUACUAUGUAUUUCCAGAUAGGUUUGCCAGAUUAAAUAAGGGUCAGGGCACCUAUCCUUUUCGUAAUGGUAUAGAAGAUGGUAAUCCAUUAUGGAGACAGGGGCCAUGCUCCUAAUUCACCUGGCAACCAGAAAUGGAAACUGUAAAUUGUCUUGGCUGUUUUCCAUUGCACAUCAGAUGUUUCCAAACUCUUAUCUGAUUUUCUGUAUAUAUUUCUUUUUAAAUGGAAGAUUUUAUGUUUUAUACGUUGGAUUGUACAGUGUGAUUCAUUAAAGAUAGUAUUUUACUUAACUUGUUUGAAUUUCUCAGAUCUACCCAAGAUUAUUUUGCGAUCUGAAUUAAAGGGCAGCCUAGCUCCUCUGCCUCACUGAGCUCUUAUGUACAUCAGGCAACCAAAUUAGCAGUUCAGUUUUAAUUCAACAUUACUGGCAUGACAUUAUCAGAGGAAGAAAACUGGUGCUAUCUAGAUGUUUUGCACUGCAAUUUGCAUCAGCCCAGAUCAGCAUGACCCAGGGUUUCUGGUCAUUGUUCAAAAUAUCAUAAAGGACACAUAAUAGCAAAAGCCCUCAUGCAAGAAACAGAUGAUGGCUGCUCUGAAGCUAGGAGCCGCCCUUCCAAGGAAACUUAGGCUGAUCCACUGCUUCUGUUUCAGUUUUCAGGAGAAGAUAUUUCUGUUCUACAGGCUUAGGGAGAAAGUUUUAAAAGAGUGUUUUUUUCUUUUUUUAAUGGUUAUAUUUCAAAUGGUUUUAAGUCUAUGGAUUGCCUAAUUAUAUUUUAACAAUAAACUUUUGUAUGUUUUAAACCUAA